AUGUGGCCCACCAUCACGGUCCCCAUAAUCCACGCAUACUCACUCAAAACCCAACUCAUCAUCCUGUCCGUCCUCCUUCUCAUCUCCUACCUACACCGCAAAAGCCGGUUCCUCAUCGCCUUCCUUAUCACUGGGUACUUUCUCUUCAAAAUCAUCGUGCCCGUCGUGCGGUGGACAUGGAUAUUCUUCAAGGCCGUCGCGUGGUUCGGCUUCUACAUUCAUUACUUCCAAAGUGGGUUUGUGUUCAUCAUGGGUGGGGCUGCGUUGCUGUGGAAUGAUGGAUUGGCGUGGCUGGUUGGUUGGAUGGAGAGAGUGGACCGGGAGAGGGAGGCUGAGAGGGCGAGGCAACGGGAGGAGGAGAGGGAGAGAGACCGGGAGCCGGAGAGGGAGAGGGAGAGUGGGAGGGAGGGGACGAGGAGAUGCGGCGAUGGAGCCAGUGGCGCCUUUGGAGGGAAGAAGGGCAAGAAAAACAGGAGAUGAUGGACAAAAGUGCCCAACUCUGUCAAUCUUAUGCCAUCGGAAAUGCGUCUCCUGGAACGUAUGCUUUAUCGCGGCUCAUCAAACACGCCGCGUACCUGUAUUAUAAACCCCAUCGCAGCUCAAAAAUAUAGGGUCGUCGAGUGGACAAUGUGCCUCGGCAAGUGCCCUAGAACAUACCUCAAACUCUCAUGCACCUACAUAAAAGAUUUCGCAUAUCGUCUUGACUUCGCAUAGGGGCCCAUAUAUAUUCGCCCACGCCCUCGAAUCUAUGUAUAAACUCCACCACAAUCUAUUUAUUGCCGCUGGUAUUCUUAAGGUCAUGUGAUUUCCUAUCAUAGUUGGGCCUGACCACAAUGAAAUUGUUAAUUUUGGAACAUUGGGCACCAUAUGCUUCGCGGGGGUGGACGUAAGAUGCUCCCCCUUGCAUGCGUUUACUCCAUGCCGAUAUGUUGAAUUCCUGACUGGCGACAACAUGGCGUGAUAACAUGUCGCGUCUAUCUGACGCGGG